UAGUCAUUGUGUGCGCAGUGUGAGUGGACAGAACAUGCUUGUAAGUACUCACGGCCAGCUUGUGUUCACAUGGAUGUCCUGUUGUACAAAUAAUUUGCUCUCGCUGUUCUGACUAUUCUCAAAAGAACUUUCAUCGGCUGUUUUAUUUUCAACAUUUAGGAUUAUUCUUAUGGAACGUGUGACCAAUAGUUUCCAGUUUUUCGUAUUUCUGUUCCGUGUAUAAAAUAAAUCUAGUAAAGAACAGAAAGUCACGUGAGGUUGUAAGUGUUGUGUAUUCAUAGAAUUGAGUCUUAAGUAGGAGAAUGCAUUGUCUUCUUCAGUAGUGUCCGGAGUGAAUCAUCUACUCUUCAGUCCUUGGAUACACACCGCUUAGAGCUCGGACACCAUUGUGUUUCUCCAACCCUGAUUUUCAAACCAUGCUUGCGUUGCCUAACACUGUGGCCACUUUGACUCUGAUCUUGGCCCUUGGCCAUCUCGUGGCAGACGUGAACUCCGUUUCCUUGGAUUUGUUUUAUCCUUUUGGAGACCGUGUGGAUGACCUCAAUGUGGAGCCCGGAGAUGACUUGGCUACAGAGGAGAUCAGUUUGGAGGAAUCUAUCGUGUUGUACAACUCAUCAUAUAAAUCAAUAUAUAUUAACACCAAUGGACAUGUCACAUUUGAAGCUGGACUCCCAGUGUACCAGGCAGACAGAACACUACCUUUAGGACAUCGAAUGAUUGCAAUCUUUUUAGCAGACGUAGACACCACAACAAUAGGCCGAAUUUAUUACAGGUCAACAAACGAUUCAGCCCUCAUUGAGAGAGCAACAGCUGAUGUUCAAACCUAUUUCUCCGGGUUCGAAUCUUUUACACCGACAUACUUAUUCAUCGUCACCUGGUACCAAGUUGGAGGUUACAAACUCCAGUCAGAGAAGACGAACACAUUUCAACUCGUCCUGGUAACAGACGGCAAAGAGUCUUUCGCUUUCUUCCAUUACCUGGAGAAUGGUAUAGCAUGGACCAAAGGGCAGGGCAAAUAUCAGCCGGGUCAGUCGGACGUCCCUCCGCAAGCUGGUUUUGAUGAUGGGGAAGGCAGCAAUUUUUACACACUCCCUGGAUCAGGUGAAACAGCAGCUUUCAUUAGUGGUUCUAAUGUUAACAUUCCUGGACUCUGGAUGUACCAUAUUGGAAACACGGGUAUAGAUAAUGUUAAACCUGCUGACCAAAACACUGGCGAUGUGAUCGUAUUUAAUGUGGAUGCCCAAGACAGAGGAUGUUUCCAGAAAGUCCGAGGCUGCCACGAACAUGCGCAAUGCGUUGAGUUUGACAGGGGACCUUGCUGUGUAUGUCUACAACCUUUCUAUGGAAACGGAAUCUCGUGUGUGAGAAGAGACGACCCCGCGAGAUUCAAUGGCAUUGUAACGGGAACAGUGAACGGGAUCAAACUGAACGCCUCUCGUCUGCACUCUUUUGUCACCCAGGAGGGAAGAGCCUAUACAGCCAUCUCAGGCGUGUCCCCUGACCUCGGUUCCGCCUUUGGGACUUUAACUUCCAUAGGAGGAAUAUUUGCUUGGCUUUUUGCAGUGCCUAUCAACCCUAAGGCCAUGAAUGGAUACACUUUGACUGGGGGCAGGUUUAACAGGACAGCUCGAGUGACUUUCCAAAGAGUGGACGGCCAGGACUAUGUUCUGAGAAUUUACCAGGAAUUCUUCAGCAAUGUAUCGGAAAAUCACAUCCGUGUGGACACCAAGCUUGAAGGCAAGAUCCCUCAGUUCCCAGAACGGAGUGAGAUUACGGCGGAUGACUACAGAGAGAACUUCAAGAAAACUGCACCAGGCACCAUCAAGUCUUUCGUGUCCAGGAACUACAAAGUGAACGGGCUCAGCUCACGUUACACCUGGGAGAAUACGAUCACCUAUGAGGAGUGUGAGAAGGGGGAUGAAGAUGAGAUUGGGGUGUACCCUGUGCAAGUGAGCAGGCACUUCAUUAAGUACAACGCCACCGAACGGGUCAUCAGAUUCGUCAUGUCUUCACAAGUUGGCUACACUGCAGGUUUUGAUCCCUGCAGCAAUGGGUCCGUUUCCUGUGUUGCUAACUCUUAUUGUGAGGCAGAUGGAGACUCUUAUAAGUGUGUCUGUAGAGCAGGUUUCAUUGCCAGUGGUCAAACUUGUGAAGACAUUGACGAGUGUGAGCUGAAUGCAUGCCACGAGAACGCACGUUGCUACAACAGGCCCGGAAGUUACGAGUGUCGCUGUGAUGAAGGAUAUGUAGGAGACGGACGAACAUGCGUAGCUAAAGCCCAGGUUUGCGGCCAAAAUGUGUGUGACAGAAACGCUCGCUGUGCAACAGAUAGCGAAAAUAAGCGGAAAUGUUUAUGUAACCCAGGUUUCCAUGGCAACGGACUGACCUGCAGUACUGACUCUUGCAAAGAGGCAGAUAUUUGUGGAGAUAAUGCCAGAUGUGUUUAUGAUGAAUUCUUACAAAAUUAUGAAUGUGAAUGCCUGGAUGAAUUCAGUGGUGAUGGUUUCACAUGUCAACCAUAUCUAGACAGUGGAUGUCGAGAUUGCAGCAGAUUUGCAAGUUGUCAAUAUGACCCAGAGAGAAAGACUCAGAGAUGUCAGUGUAAUGAGGGGUAUACAGGCAAUGGAAAAGACUGCACACUAAUUGAUAACUGCGAGAAUUGUCAUCCUCACUAUGGAAGAUGUGCCUUCAACUUUGAAACCAAUGACUAUGAGUGCACCUGCAUACGAGGAUACCGCGGGGAUGGAAAGAAAUGUGAACGCAGAGAUUGCAGAGAGGAUGUGGGGAUGUGUGAUCCUGUGGGAGGACUCUGCUGGCUGGAUGAAAAAAGGAAUUUCAGCUUCUGUAGAUGUAACCAUGGCUACAGAGGGGAUGGUUUCAAUUGCACGCCUGUGGGCUGUGAUGUCCAGAAAAACUGCCAUCAGGAUGCUGAGUGUGUAUUUGAUGGAAGGUAUCAUACUUGCAAAUGUAAUGAAGGAUUUGUUGGUGAUGGUAGGCGCUGUAGAGUUGUAGAGUCUCAACCUGCUGACUGUAGUGUGCUCAAUGACUGUCAUGGUAAUGCUAGAUGUGUGCCACAUGAAACAGGUUAUGGCUGUAGGUGUAACCCUGGCUAUGAAGGUGAUGGGAAAUCUUGUACACCAAGAGUCAGAGUUCCCUGUAAUGAGAUCAAUAAUUGUGAUAGAUUUGCUGAGUGCAUCCAGGACGAAGAUAAUCCAGCUUCUUUUAAGUGUAGCUGUACUCGGGGCUAUGAAGGAGAUGGUUUCACUUGUGUGAGAAAAGCCAUCAAAGACUGCAGAAGUGACAGGAGGAUGUGUUCUGCUGAGGCCGAGUGUGUCCAAGGUGCUGAGGAUGCUUAUGUCUGUGUGUGCAAGACAGGAUAUAGAGGAGAUGGAGCAGUGUGUAGUCCUGUGUUACGGGAAGGAAACUACCUCAUAUACGCCCAAGGACAAACUGUAAUGAGAAUUUCAGCAGAAGAAAGACCACGGGAUUAUGGUCAACAACUAGUGAAUAUACCAGGAAUGCUUGCUGUUGGCGUUGAUGAAGAUUGCCGUGAUGGUCACUUGUACUGGACAGAUGCUGCACAUGGAAUUAUUAGAAGGUCACAACUGAAUGGAUCUAAUGUGGAAGUAAUUGUUACAGGUUUGAAAUCUCCAGAAGGUAUUGCUGUUGAUUUCGCAGCUAGAAAUAUUUUUUUCACUGACUCUGAGCUGGACAAACUGUUUGUGUCUCGACUUGAUGGGACUUAUGUGAAAACACUUGUUAGCACAGACAUGGUCAACCCAAGGGCAAUUGUUCUGGACCUGACUAGAGGUGUAUUGUAUUGGACAGACUGGAACAGAAACAAACCCCAGAUUGAGAAGAUGAAUAUGGAUGGCUCCAAUAGAAGAGUCCUAGUCAGAGAUGACCUUCAGCUGCCCAAUGGUCUUUCAUUUGAUUCUUAUUCUCAGACUCUUUGCUGGGGAGAUGCAGGCACACAGACCAUUGAAUGCAUCCGUUCAGAUGGUGUUGAUAGACGUGUGGUCUAUGCUAAAGCUUCCUACCCAUUUGAUUUAACUUUUCUUAACAAUGUCAUCUACUGGACAGACUGGCAGAGAAAAGACAUAGCCAAUAUAAACCAGAGAGGAGGUGAGCCUAACAAGCCUCUGAAGUUAGCUUUUGGCGGGAAUGGUCGGACUUAUGGCAUUACUGCUGUCAUUGAUAAAUGUCCACCAGCCAGGAGCUCAUGUGGAGGGAACCAUGGGUGCAGGUACCUUUGUCUGGCCUCAGAGAGCAGAGCGCGAACAUGUGGAUGCCCAGAUGGUGUUGACCCUAGGCUAUGUGAGCAGUAGAUGUGGAGAACAGCAACCUAUUCAAUAGACUUUCUAACUCUAGGACAUAAGCUUUCUUAAAGAAUUGUAUGUUAGGCUUUUCUCAAAAGUUAUUUGUUUGCUGUUUGUUGACUUAUCGCAAGUCUUAAUGUUUGGAACUUAAAUGGCUACAUGGUUCUCUUAUCCUUUAUAUAGGAUAAAAAUGUAUCAUUAUUAUCAUCAUUAUUGUUAUUAUUUUUAGUGUUUGGAUGUAUUUUGCUAAGAUGUUAUCAAUAACCCUUAGACCUACCAGUAUUAUCCAUUCAUUAUUAUUUGUUAUUUAAUCGUUUCAUUGUCCUCGUCAUUGUUGUCUCUUGGAUGUUUGUAUUGCUCAUGCAGUAGGAAUGUCUCGUCCACUCUUUACAAAGCCAUGCAUUGUAAUUUUUCUUUUAUUAGAAUAAUCAAUUGUUCAGAUUUCAAUAAUUCAUAAAUAUAUAUAUAUAUUUCAAAAUGUUUCAAUGCAGACUGCCCAGGAGCACAGCAAUGGUCUCUUGCUACAUAAACACAUUUAACUAAAUCAAUAGUUGAACUGUCAUAGGUGGAGUUGUACUUUAUUCUUAACUAAAUUAAUUGAUAAAUAAAUAUUUUAAUUUUAUACAAUUUGAAAAACAUGUGGCUUUUCAUUAUAAAUUAUACAAUUUCCUACUUUAUUUAGAGAUUGGAAUUUCGGGAGCUCUUGCAUAAGUUCAUUAGAUUUAAUUAUGCACACAAAUUUGAAUGACCUUAACUAAUUAGCCAAUGGCCCAUGUAACACUUUCAGUCAAAUUGAACCUAAAUAUAUUUACACAUUUUAGUUUGUAGACAUUGAUGUUUCAUGUUCAUAUUGUUGCUUUGAAAUUGCUGUCAUGGUGUGUGAUUGGACAUUUCUUUACAACAGAAAGAAGCAUGCUUGCUUUGUUUUUUCAUGUUGUUUUUCUAGUAUAAAAUCUAAUGCAUAAAGCAAAUGGGCAAAGUGAAAGUGGCCUCUUGUCAUUGACAAGCUCUGGCUUCAGUUCAUACAGAUUGUUUGUGAUAUGCUUGUAAAAUUCCUUUAUUUUAUUACAAGUUCUUGAGAGGAAAAAAUGUAGUCAUUGUUUCAACAUAUGAUAACUCAAAACACGUGGCUCAGCUCUUUAAAAAAAAUCUCAAAUCACUCAGUUGAAAGAUCCUUGUACAAAUGGCUUAUCUCUUUAAGAAAACAACAACUCCCAACUCAAUUGAAAGAUCAUUGUCAUAUUAUUGAGUCAGGUUGACCACGUUGUCAUUCUUGAAAGCUCAAGUGUUCUUCAUUAUAUUUACUUCCCUUGAAAAACACAAUUUUCUGACAACAUACUUGUAAGGCUAGGUUGAACCAAGAGCUUUUUAAAAUGAAGUAAGCUCAAAUACUACUAAUCAAAAUAUUUGUACUGGAUCUAGAUGUUUCUAUUUUAUCAAGUUUUCUGAAAGUUAAUCUUCACAAAUUGUCAAUAAAAUAUAAAAGUUUAUAUCAAAAAACUGUUUUAAUGCAGACUGCUGAAAUAGAUAAUAAUGGUCUCUCACAUUUAUCGAAAUCAAUAUUUCAACUGUUAUAGGUGUGAUCAUAUUUUCUUCUUUACUCAAUGAAUUGAUCAAUAAACAUUUUAAUUUGAUACUUGUAA